AUGAGCUUCAAGAGCACUUCCGAGUGGGUCGCCCGGCUCCGCCAGGCUAACCCCGACUGCAACCAAGGCAAGAGCGUGGUCGACAUCCUCACCAACCUUUACGUUCGGUCCUUCCCGGCGUCGUCGCCCGCCAGCCCGAUUCAGUGUCUGCUGCUGUCGCCCGAGAGCCAGACCUACGGGUAUUUCCUCCCGAGCACCACCGGCAGCUCCAGCGCCGUGAACGUGUUCUCGUGCGGAAACGAUUCGACCUGCACAACCUGUCAGCCCGAUUCGUCGUGGGUUACAAGCGGAAACUCCUGCGACUACGGCGACUAUGAGGUUAUUGGCGACGUUCGGUCCAACAGCAGCUAUCAGAUGGGUAUCGACAUCCUCAAGAGUCCGUCGCUGCUGACUCGCUACUUCUUCAAGACCAGCAACUGCUCGACACUCUUGUGGGCCGAGCACCGGCCGCUCUUCCAGCAGUGCACCUCGAUAGGACCGAACCAAUACGUCAUUACCAUCACUGACAGCAGCCAGCUGCCCCAGGAUAUUAUCUAUCUCGGAUGCACCGACUCGCAGUGUUUCAACUGCCAGACGGCGUACAUCGAGCACCUCGAGUCCCCAAGCAAUGUCAGCUCCGGCAGCUGCACCGUCGCCUCUGUCUCCGGCGGCCCCUUGUUCGAGAGCCAGUAUGCCACUCUCUGGGACCUUCACUACCAGAGCCAGCCCUAUGCCCUGAUGAUCGGCUUUCCCAACUCCACAGCAUCGCCGCCGCCCCCCGCCAACACCUGGCUGACCCCCACGCCCACCAUCGUAAUCAUAUUCUCAGGCAAGCCCUCGAUCGCCCUCCUCCUUUGCAUCCUGGGCUUUGUCGGCUAUGUCCUCUAUCGUCGGCGCCGAUCCCCGGCGGCCCAGUCCGACAUCCAGCUCGAGACCCAGGAGGUGGAGCCGCUGCCUCAGUACGAGCGCCCGCCACCCUCCUAUGAGUAG